ACAGCGAACGUCUUAUGAUGGGCGAAGUAGAUUACCAUAAACUAUAAAUUCAACGCAUUUCUCCGACUCAAUUGUGUUUGGCAAACAAUCAAACGGUCUAUCUCAUCUACAUCACAAUACUCCAUCACAGCUCAAAACUUGAACCACAUCUAAUCGUCCACCACAAUGUCCACUGUCAACCGAGUUAAAUAUUUCUUCCACAAGAACGCAAGGCUCACGGAAGAGAAACGAGAGGCACUAGUACGUCUGGCUUACCAGACAGCGACUGCAAAGAAUCUGUAUCCGAGAAUGGUCUUCAUUAGGUCUGAUAUUCACGACACUACCAUAAUCAAUGGCAGAUACCAGAAAGACCCCCUUGGCGAUCAUAUAACUAUGUGUUUCAAGGACGACGAGCAUAUCCGUGCAGGCACCCAUAUUGCUUGCCAUGGUUAUGUCGACGACAAAACGAGCCUGGAGUUUCGUGAGACCACAGACACCCCAGAAAAGUCCGACUCUACCCUUAAAAGGAACGAUGAACCUGUGUGGCCACCAAACAGCAAGCUUUACGAGUACCCCCACGAUGGCUAUUACAGUCACCUGGAUGGACAGAAGAAGAAAUAGCCUGUAGUUAACUAGAGAGGUGGGAAAGGUUAUGGGCUGCCGGACGUGUGUAGUUAAAUCGAAAAUAGUCAUUGGCUUUGUCUCGGCUUCUCUUUCUGGUAAAGGCCGUGUCAACAGGUCAGUGGCGCAAGUGAUCAGUACAUAAGAUGCAUUUUGUCCCUUUCGUAGAACCACAUGUAGACAUAAUCAAGGGCCAAU